CGUGGCGCGCCGGCGUUAGCAACAGUCGACAGAAAGCGAUCGUGAGAUCAACGAACGAGUAAGCAAGUCAACGAGCAAACAAAUCGGCUCAGCGAAUCAUCUCAGCGAAUUGAAGUGUCAAUUUUAUUCGAGACUUCGUGUUUUGAUAAAUCCAGAAGAGAGCAUGUCUCUGAUACCGCUGCUGUACUCUGACUGGUGGGAGGACCUGGGCCGUCCUCACCGGCUUUUCGACCAGGACUUCGGCCAAGGCAUUCAUCAGAAUCAGCUGAUGCAUCCAACUAUCCUCGAGCAGUUUAUGCAACCCUAUCUCGACCGGCGUCCGAGACCACAGUCGUCUGUGCUCUAUUAUCGACCCUGGGGUGAAUUGCUGCGUAAUAGGGAAGAAGGCGGCACCUCCACCGUGCAGGCGGACAAAGACAAGUUCCAGGUGAUCCUGGACGUGCAGCAAUUCAAGCCAGAGGAGAUCGACGUUAAGGUGGUGGACAAGAGCGUGGUGGUCGAGGCCAAGCACGAGGAGAAGAAGGACGAGCACGGCUGGAUCUCCCGGCAAUUCGUGCGCAAAUACCUGAUACCUGAGCAGUGCGAUAUCGAUCAGGUGACAUCGACUCUGUCAUCGGACGGCGUGCUGACCAUCAACGCGCCCAAGAAGAAUCUGGAGUCACAGAACGAGCGCUCGAUCAAGAUCGAGCAGACCGGCAAACCGGCGCUCCAGAACGAGGAGAAGAAAGCGGAGAAGAAAGCGGAGAAGAAAGAAGCGAAGAAGAAUUAAAGUCAGAAUGUCAAAGAAUUUACGAAUGAUCGUAUAAUGCCUAUAUAUUGUUUCUGUGAAACAUCGUUCCUUUAUGUUUUUUUUCUCUUGUAAGCUUACAUAAUUCAUGUCUGCUUUCUCAAUUAUUGUUUAUUAUUAUUAUUUUUGUAAAAUAACAAGAUAAUCGAAUAAAUUGUUCGGUAGAUUUAAUCAAA